AUGCAUUACGUUGAGGUUUUUAAAAGGAUGGACAAGAACAAAGAUGGGAAGAUUUCACUGGAAGAAUUCUCCGAGGGGAUCCGUGCUUUCUCUCCUUCAAUAACAUCGGAACAAACUGAUGAGCUGUUCAAAGAUCUCGACAUCGACGGUGACGGUCACAUCGACAUCAAGGAAUUUGCUAUGUGCUUUGUGGUUGGCCGCGCCUGA